CAAAUUUGAGCGCAUUCGCCGGUAGAAGUGCACAAAAUCAAAUACUUUCUUUCUUUAUUUUUUUUUUUUUUUACGUUUUUUACUCUCAUUAAACUUUUAUAAGGUAGACUAUAAUUGUCGGUUUUGCUUAAUAACUAUGAAGUAAUAUAAAUAUAUUUUAAAAAUGGUUUAUAGACUAAUCGAGAUUAUCACGUACCAGUUAUAAUAUGUUUGUAGUGAACGAAAAUAUACUGAAAUGUUCAAGAAUUGUUACCGAUGUUGUUUAUUUUAUUUCGGUUUUGGUCGUCGUUCCGAAGACGUGGGCAUCAAUCUAGGACUGUUGGAAAAUGGAAACUCUAUUGCCGGUAGUACUGAACACUACACUGUUCAAAAAAUAUCAAGUUUUGGUCGACAUAUUUCUCAUGAUGAAGACGGACUUUCUGUGUCAGGUUUUACCAGCGAUGGUGAAGACGACGACCCUCCGCCAAAAACACAAACCAUGAAAAAAAGAAGUAAAUGGGGAAAACCAGUAAAUAAACUCAAAGACCCAAAAACUCCAAAUUCAUUUCAAACAUUAGCUGGUGUCAGUAUGAUGAUGUUACAGCCUAUCACGGCGGGGGCUGGUUCUACUUCAACACCAGAUUUGGUAUUGACGUUCAAACUCUUGUUAGUGCAUUUUUAUCCUUAUUAUUUUUUUAAGAGUUUAACAUCUGGUAAAAAAGAAUUUUCCAAGAAAGAAGAUAAAAUGGAUUAUCUUUCUCCUGCGUCAUGUAAAGAAACUACAGGUUGGCUUAAAUCUCAGAGUAUGCAGGAUAUGACUUCGACUACAGACUCCGAUAGUUUUGCAUUAUCAUUAAAAAGUGCUGACGACAACACAUCAAGUUCAAAUGUACGUCCUCAUCGUUUUGGAUCAGUGGCAACGUCAAUGAUUAAUGUCACUAGUAGAUUAACAUCAAUAAGAUCAAAAUCUACUGAGAUGGUUUCGAAUACAUGGAAAACACCUGUAGACAAUGCACCUCCGGUUGAUCCUAAUGCACACCAAGAACAAGCUUAUGGGAAUGUUAAUUUUAAAAUCACAUACGAUCAACAUACAAAAAAACUUUUUGUUCGCGUGGAAAAUUUGGAUGGAUUAGCGCCUAAAGGAAAAGAUAAACGACCAUAUAAGACAGUUUUAAAACUAACACUUUUGCCGCAGGAAAAAACUACUAAAACAAGUAAAACUAUAGCUGCUGCUAUGAGCCCCGUUGUAAAUGAAGAUUUUUUUAUUAGUACCAAGUGUAUUUCAAACAAAGUCUUAAGGAUAUCUGUUUUUGAUCAUGAAUAUCAAGGAAAAUAUGAUGCAGUUGGUCAUGCUUUAUUUUAUUUAGACAAUAUAUCGCCCAGUAAUGAUGGAGCGCAAAGUGUUAAACUUUAUAAACAUUCUUGGCCCGAUAUAAAUCAUUGUAAUAUCAAUAUCAGUUUAAGUUAUAAAAAACAACAGGAAACUUUGCAUAUAGUGGUUCACGAAGCUAACAAUUUAUAUCUGCCACACGAAAAAUCAAAAACUUUUGUGAAAAUAGCAUAUUUUAGUAAGGGUAAACGCAUCAAGGAAUAUCAAUCACCAUCAGUACCCAACACAAAAAAUGACCCUAAGGCAACAUACGAAUUUAAAGUGGAUAUACGAAUAGAUUUAAAUUCCACCGCAAAUGGCUAUAUAGUAAUUGGUUUAAAAGAAAAAGGAUUCUUAAAAAGGAAUGAAAGUAAUUUAGGAAGAGUAAUAUUUGGGCCCUUUUUGUAUACAGAAAGAGGUUAUGAUUUAACUCCUUGGGGUAAGGUUCUAUUAACUAAAGAUGGUGUUUCGGAUACAUUUAAAACAUAUUUAUAACGUAUAGAGAACAAAAAUAUAUUUAGGUCAAUAUUAAUA